GCUGAGCAGAAGCGACAGAAGGACAAGCAGCAGUAGUUCAGGAACCGAGCAAGGGCUUCAACUUUAUCACCGGCAGCCACAGUAAAAGGCCGAGGAGAGCUGAAUUCCAGCAGGGGAAAAUGAGCCUGUAUGACGGGCUGAGGGCUCUUUGAUCAGGACUCUACCCGACUCUCUCUCUCUCUCUCUCUCUCUCUCUCUCUAUCUCUCUGUCUGCAGCUCUGACUGACAAAGGGGACACAGAGCAGAAAACAAAAAAGGAAGAAGAAGAAGAAUCAAAGUACUCGCUUUCAGUUUGAAAAGGAAGUCCCAAGAUUCAGCAUGGAGGAGGGAUAUGAACUCGACCUGACGUACAUCACAGAACGCAUCAUUGCCGUGUCCUUCCCCCGGGGCUGCACGGAGGAGAUCUACUCCCACAACCUGAAGGAUGUCACGCGGAUGCUCAAGUCCAAGCAUGCGGACAACUACCUGAUUAUCAACCUGUCGGAGAAAAGACAUGAUCUCACUAAAAUGAACCCGAAGACUCUAGAUACGGGCUGGCCAGACAUGCAUGCUCCACCUCUGGAUAAGAUCUGCACCAUCUGUAAGGCCAUGGAGAGCUGGCUCAAUGCUGACCCCCUCCAUGUGGCGGUUAUACAUUGCAGGGGCGGCAAGGGUCGAAUCGGCGUUGUCAUAUCGUCCUUUGUGCAUUUUACCGACGUAUCAGCCAGUGCUGAUCAAGCGUUGGACCGCUUCGCCAUGAGGAAAUACUACGAUGAUAAGGUCUCGGCUCUGAUGACGCCUUCGCAGAAACGGUACGUUUGGAUCCUCAACAGUCUUCUGAGUGGAUCCAUGAAGAUCAACGCCUCUCCCUUGUUCCUGCACUGCGUCAUCCUUCACGGGAUCCCGAACUUCGACGCCACUGGAGUGUGUCGUCCGUACAUCAAGGUUUACCAGGGAAUGCAAACCGUGUAUUCAUCUGGAAUCUAUCAUAUUGGUCCAGGCCACAGAGGCCGAGUAUGCAUCACCCUGGAGCCUGCCCAGCUUCUAAAAGGAGACAUCAUGAUUAAAUGCUAUCACAAGAGUGACGUAACGUCGGAGCGGGAAGUUGUUUUCCGGCUGCAGUUCCACACGGGAGCAGUGCAGGGCUACAACCUGAUGUUUGAAAAAGAGGACAUGGAGACUGCCAACAAAGAUCCCAGAUUUCCAGAUUAUGGUAAAGUGGAGCUGGUGUUCUCUGAGGGACCAGAGAAGAUCCCAGGUGCCGACAGGUGGCAAAACGGGGCAGAUGUUAUUGUGGACUACAACACAGCAGAUCCUCUAAUCCGUUGGGACUCCUACCAGAACCUCUGCGAUGGUGAAGCGCCACGCUCUCAAGGCCUAACCCGGGACAAAGCCGCCAACAAGAGGAGCCCCGGCGGAGGAGAGGCCACGCUGGGCAGAGGGGCCCGCACCACCUCCGCCACCUCCAGCCCCGACCACAGUGACCACGCCCUCUCCGUCAGCAGUGACUCGGGCCUGUCCAGCACUUCUCUGUGGGCGGACAGACCCACACCUGCCCCUGCCACUAACACCACCACCCUUACCACCAACACCACAACCAACACCAUCAGGCCUAAUCAGGGCCCCAGCCAGCAGGAAAAGGUCCAGCUGAAGCGCCUUUUGAGUGGCUUCGGUCUUGAGGACCCCGCACUGGGGGAGAUGGGUGAUCCAGGGCCCAGAGUGGUCAUCCAGCCGAUCGUCCCAGCGCAAGUGCACAUCAACGGAGACCCCAGACCCCGAGAGAGGGAAACGGACAUCCUGGACGAUGAGGUCAUCACAGGUCACGAUCUGCACAGCGUGGACAGCUUAGGGACCUUGUCGUCCUCCUGCCACAAGAGCAGCCAGAACUCCCUGCUGUCGGAUGGCUUUGGGAGUCCCGGAGGAGAGGAGCAUCAGCAGCAGCAAAUCCAAAGCCAGCACCACCUCCACCACCCGGCACCCCCUCCCACGGAGGAGUACGAGAGGGCCUACGCUGAGGCCAGAAGGGGCUGCCUGAGCUCCAGGAGCAACUCUGUGGCGUCCGCCAAUCCAAGCAGUGCUCCCACGGCCAAGCAGCACGUCUACAGGCAGGGCAGCUAUUCCACGCAGUCCUGGGUUCGCCAGCAGCAGAUGGUCGCUGCGCAGCAGUUCAUCUACAUCCCCGAUGAUGGGAACGACGCAGAGAGGUAUCCAGGGAACAAGCAAGGGAGCAGUUUACCCAAAGCGGGCCUGCCCGCUGAACCGCAGGGCCCCGCAAGGGACGUGACCACGGACGCUCUGAGGAGCACGGACGCUCUGAGGAGCAGGGACGCUCUGAGGAGCACGGACGCUCUGAGGAGCACGGACGCUCUGAGGAGCACGGACGCUCUGAGGAGCAGGGACGCUCUGAGGAGAACGGACGCUCUGAGGAGCACGGACGCUCUGAGGAGCACGGCGCCUCACGAGGAGCAGGCAACGGUGAACAACAACAACAACAACAAGCGGGACGAGGAGUUCAAAUCCCUGACGAUGGACAUCGACAACUCCAUCGACCAGCUCAACCAGCUGAUCAUGGACCUGGAUCCCACGUUCGUGCCGGUGUCCAACCACAGCGGCUCCCUCAAGAGGAACGGCGGGUCGCGCGUGAACGGCUCGGUCUCCAAAUGCUCGAACGGCAUCGAUCUCAGAUUCAGUGAUACUAACGCGGCGGUCCUGAAAAACACACAGCAGACAGCUGUCCAGUCCAGUGACGGACGGGUGGGUGUCACGCGGACUCUGAGCCACCAAGGAAGUGAUGUCACGGAUCACCAAGUCUUCUGUAACUCAGGGUGGGGUGGGACGGAGGAGUACAGGGGCCAGCGGACGUACUCCCCCUGCGUGCCACAGUCCCAGCACCCCAUGUUGUUCAGGACUGACAGUGCGGACUACAGGGCCCAGGGCCCAGAGAUGGACAGCGGGGUCGAGGCUGGGAGUGACAUGACUCCACCCACUCCGGCCUUCCCCAUCUCUCCGCCAACACCUUAUGUGAAAAGUAUGUCGGAAUUGAAUCACCUCAGGCAAACACCAUCUCCCAGCAUGCAGUCUUAUGGAGGCUACAGAACGGACCACGAACCCCGAGGGUAUCCAGAGAUGAUCAGUCACGUCGGAGGCGACAGUUUACCAGACUCCUCCAUCAACUGCCACAGGACGCUAAGUGCCACACACUCUGCCUCUAUUGUUGGGGCCCUUCAGUGGACAGACAGUUCUUCCACGAGCCAGUCCUGGCCAGAACAUCCCGUCCUGACCCGCCACUCGUCUCUGAGCAGCUAUCCCUCUACCAGACAACCGCCGCCGCACUCCAUGCCACUGGACUAUGGCCACCAUUCUCCUCCCUUGCACCACCCCCACAUCCACCCAGCCCCCAACGCCCACAGCUCUCCCCGAAGCAUCCAGCGAAACCACAUGGCUCGCUACGCUCUCAGCCGCAGUCCGGCCCAAAGCUUCGACGAGCAGGACGACUCCGGUCUCGGCUACGGAGUGGACUGUCCCAGCACAGCCUCCAAUCUGCUGGGGAACGGAGGCUUGGACAGGGAACUUUUGACCUCCGUGGACGGGCGGAGUCAGUCACAGAUGCCCCAGAUGCACCCCCCGCUUCUGCCUGAGAAGAAGAGAGCGUCCGAUGGGGAGCAUUCGCUGGGAACGGCGUCUCCGGCCCUCAGCGGGUUCUCCAGUCCCCACAGCGGGAGCUCCCUGAGUAUUCCCUUCCCCAACGUUUUGCCUGACCUCUCAGCCCAGACGCUGAGCACCGCCUCGCCUCUGCCAGAUGUACUGGCUAGCAAGCAGCUUACUGUAAAAUUUGUGCAGGACACAUCCAAAUUCUGGUACAAGCCAGAUAUCUCCAGGGAUCAAGCCAUUUCGGUCCUGAAGGACAAGGAGCCGGGUUGCUUCAUCGUGCGGGACAGCCAUUCCUUCAGGGGGGCCUAUGGUCUGGCAAUGAAGGUGGCUACUCCCCCACCAUCAGUUUUCCAACAAACCAAGAAAGCAGGAGGCGACCUAUCCAAUGAAUUAGUGCGCCACUUCCUGAUUGAGUGUACACAGAAAGGAGUGCGGUUGAAGGGUUGCCCUAAUGAGCCCUAUUUUGGAAGCUUAACAGCGCUGGUCUGCCAACAUUCCAUCACCCCCUUGGCCCUGCCCUGCAAACUUAUCAUACCUGACAGAGAUCCUCUAGAAAAUGUUGUGGAGACUACCUCACAGUCAGUCACCAACUCCGCGGCUGAGUUGCUAAAACAGGGUGCAGCCUGUAAUGUGUGGUACCUGGGCUCCGUGGAGAUGGAGUCACUAACAGGCGUCCAGGCGGUGCAGAAAGCAGCCAGUAUGUCUCUGAGCUCCAACCCUCCACCGACCUCCACUGUAGUUCACUUCAAGGUGUCCUCCCAGGGGAUCACCCUCACUGACAACCAGAGGAAGUUGUUCUUCAGGAGGCAUUACAAUGUCAAUACCGUCAUAUUUUGUGCAUUGGACCCUCAAGAAAGAAAGUGGAAAAAAGAUGGCUGCUCUUCAGCAAAGAUCUUUGGCUUUGUGGCGAGGAAAAGUGGCACUUCCAUGGACAAUGUGUGUCACCUGUUUGCAGAGCAUGACCCUGAGCAGCCAGCAAGUGCCAUCGUCAACUUUGUUUCCAAGGUGAUGAUUGGCUCGCAGAAGAGUAAGUAGGUCUGCCUCGGACAGAGCCGAUCGCCUGGACAGACUUUUAUUAAGAGUAGAAACAAGAAAAAAGACUGAAAGGCUGAACAAAGGACACAAUGUAAGGACUGAAGAUGGUGACGUUUUUCCUGGAUAUUAACUGGAUAUUGCGUACAUAAUGAUCACUUAUCAGCACCAGGACAUUUAAUUACAUCUUUCAAUAGAAACAUGUAAAUACCUUCUCUGCUGUUAUUUUUCUUUCCUGUAAAAUGAACUGUAAAGUAGCCAAGUAAGAAAACAGCAAACUAUAAUAAUAAAAUCAAUACAACUGUAAUGUCUUAUACCGUCAGAUAUAUUCUUUUAACACAUUAAGUACAUGACACAAUACACGAAUGUUGCAUUUUUAUGAACAAAUCAAGAAAACCAUACCUUGUUGCCUGUUAUUUUUUUCCUAAUAUUUAACCAAAACAAACUUCAUUUAAGCUAUUAACAUUUUGUAAAGUUGUAGCCGAUGUAGACACACCUCUGUGCUGCAUCUGUCCACCGUGCAGUAUUUGUUGUGGAGUUUAAAUGCAGAAAAGCGUCGCAUCCAAUAUGUAUAAUUUGGAUAUAAGGACAGGCUACAUCUCAUACAGGAUUAUCUUAUUUUAUCUAUGCAAUGUAAAUGUUUAUUUUUUUAAACCACAGCCUUUUGUACAUGCGCAGCAUGUAAGUGGCUUCUCUGAUCUGUUAAAUAAUUUUCUUCUUAAGAUGUAUGUGAAUAUGACCACUGUGUGUGUGUGUUGCAAUGACAGAAACCAUAGGAAAAUAUUUUAAUGAAACCCUAAUAUAUAUGGAUUUUACAUGAGUCGGUAAAAAACACAUCAGUACUUUGAGUAGGAGAAGUGGCAUUCCACUCAAAGCUGCCAAACUUUAUUUUGCCAUUAACAGCGCCUCAGUGCUUCAGUAUCAAAAAUAAAUCAGUAUCCUUGAUUUUGUACAUUCUAUUAGAAUUGUAAAAAAAAAAAAAGGCAUAGGCUGCUAUGUGGAAAGAGGAACUGCUGCAAUUGUGUUGGUGUUUUAAAAGUCCUUAGAAGAAAGAAAAGUGCUCAGUGUUUGUAUUGCACAAAUACAUUUAGGAUUUAAUAUACACCUUUUUUUUGUUAUGUGCCAGUGACAUUUACAAUAUAACUUCCUCUGGGACCAACUCUGCUCAAGCUAUUACCUCAGUUGAUAGCUUGUUGACAUUGUAUAUGUGAUGGUGACCAUUAAAGUGUAUUCCUUCAACGUUUUGAGUUGGGCAGCCAUUUGAGCUAGUGAGGGACCUACGGCAACAAUACAGCUCUGUUGGUAUUCUUACAUUAUGUACACAUUUGUUAUCUUGUUAUCUAUUAUCUGUACCUCAUACUUAUCUCAUACAAUACUCUGCCUCUGUGUAUAACAUGCCACAUGUGAACAGUUUAUUUGUAUAUUGACAAUGGAUUGUUUGAUGUGUUCUGUAAAUAAACAAAA